AUGCUGCUGCUGGCCGACAUGGACGUGGUGAAUCAGCUGGUGGCCGGGGGUCAGUUCCGGGUGGUCAAGGAGCCCCUUGGCUUCGUGAAAGUGCUGCAAUGGGUUUUUGCCAUCUUCGCCUUUGCCACAUGCGGCAGUUACAGUGGGGAGCUCCAGCUGAGUGUGGAUUGUGCCAACAAGACCCACAGUAACCUCAGCAUCUGGGUCGAAUUCGAGUACCCCUUCAGGCUGCACCAAGUGUACUUUGAUGCACCCGACUGCAAAGGGGGCACUUCCAAAGUCUUCCUACUGGGGGACUACUCCUCAUCAGCCGAAUUCUUUGUCACCGUGGCUGUGUUUGCUUUCCUCUACUCCAUGGGGGCUUUGGCCACCUACAUCUUUCUGCAGAACAAGUACCGAGAGAACAACAAAGGGCCCAUGCUGGACUUCCUGGCCACGGCAGUGUUUGCCUUCAUGUGGCUGGUUAGCUCAUCAGCAUGGGCCAAGGGGCUGUCAGACGUGAAAAUGGCCACAGACCCAGAAACCGUUAUCAAGGGGAUACCUAGCUGCCACCUGAAGGAGAAUACAUGCAAGGAGAUAAGAGACCCUGUGACCUCUGGCCUCAACACCUCGGUGGUGUUCGGCUUCCUGAACCUGGUGCUCUGGGUCGGCAACCUGUGGUUCGUGUUCAAGGAGACAGGCUGGGCCGCCCCAUUCCUGCGCGCGCCUCCCGGCGCCCCGGAGAAGCAACCGGCGCCCGGGGACGCCUACGGCGAGGCGGGCUACGGUCAGGGCCCCGGCGGGUACGGGCCCCAGGACUCCUACGGGCCCCAGGGCGGCUACCAGCCUGACUACGGGCAGCCCGCCGGUGGCGGUGGCGGUAGCUAUGGGCCUCAGAACGAGUACGGGCAGCAAGGCUAUGGCCCUCAGGGUGCGCCCACCUCCUUCUCCAAUCAGAUGUAGUCUGGUCGGUGCAGCCUAGGAGGACCCCAAGGGUGGGCAAGAGCUCAGGAGAAGGCCUGCCCCCAUUCCCACCCCUACAU